AUGCCUGCCGUCACCCUUCAGAUCGCGCGACCCGCCAUCGCCCUCCUUGCCGGACGAGCGACCGACGAUGCGACGGGAUCCGUGCCAUCUUCGUACGGCGCGCAAAACUCGUCACCGCACCCGGGAGUGGUAGCGGGUAUCGUGCUGGGGUCGAUUGCGGGGUUCCUCAUCGUCAUCUUCGUCGUAUACACAUGCCUCAACAUAGCGCCCCGGUGGGCCACGAGGGGGCUGCGCGUGCGGGAGACGGUCGAGGUGCGGAUGCGCGAUGGUGGGGAGGGUAGGCGCCACACCAGUCGGGGUCCGGGGCCCAUGAUUGUGGAUGCGGAGCCGCCGGAGAGCGAUAGCGAGAUAUACGUGGAGAGGCGGCGGAGGCGGACGAGGGAGGCGCCGAGGACGGUGAGCACGGUGAGCGACGACGACGAGAUCGUGGUCGUGGAGGAGGACCUGCUUCCGCCGCGGAGGAGCAAGCUCAUGCUUGAGACCGUACUCAGAAGAUCUCAAAAGCUUGCAUCGGGUUAUUAUAUCCUUCUCCAUCAUGGACCAUCCAGUCAAGGACAUCCGCUCCCUUACCAAAAGUUUGCCUUUGGCCUCCCCGAGGACCAACGCGACGCUUUCAACAAUUAUUUCCUCCCCGCCUCGUCUUUCGUCCACCCUCUCAUCCGAGUCCCUUCUUUCACCGACGUCCAAGUCCCGUAUCUCGGUACCGUAAACUCUCGCUAUGUCACGAGGCUCCUCUAUCGUCUGAGGGCCAUGCUCCUCAGCGUCUCCGACUUCAGUAUCGAAUCGGCCGUGUAUGACCAAAAGACUGCCACCUUGACAGCUCACAUAUCAGAGAAACUUCACCCUAAAUUUAUCCCCUUUCACUCACCUACCGUCCAUUCUACCCUCAUCUUCCGCCUCUCCCAACGAACCCUCGAUUCGGACGGCAAUUUUCUUCCUCCCUGUGAUCCUGAAAGCCCCGAUGCCCAGGGCGGUCGGACUCGUCUGUUUAUAUCCGAGCAUGAGAGGGUGAUGCAACCGACCGAGGUCCUUAAAAUCGCGAUACCCUUGGUCGGCUCGGCUGUGUGGUCCUCCGUUCAAUUCUUCAUCACCCUCUGGCUCUUGCUCCUAGCGUCCGUAUUUGUGCCCAUCGCCCGACUAAUGCCAGAAACCGUCAUCAAAAAUGGCGAUCCCGUCGUUAUCCGCAAAACAAAAUGA